AUGAAGCCGACAGACAAGCAUUUCCGCUGCAAUAUCUGCCAGCGGGGUUUCACGCGCAUCGAUCACCUCAAACGUCACCAUUUACGCCAUUCCGGCGACAAACCCUACUCCUGCCUGUUCUGCAAUACCUCUUUCGCACGCUGUGAUAAUCUCCGUGACCAUUACACCACUUGCGCUAGACGCGGGGACCGCGACAUUCCCGAAACCGAAACAUCGUUGAAACCUGGAAGCUCUGAGCAGGCAUCAUCGCAUCGAGGAUCGAUCAAGUUCCUACUUAACGGCGGUACGGACAGUUUCACAGAAACCUUUCGACUUCCUCCCCGAAGUGAUCGUACGCUUAGUCUCAACUACCACAAUCGAAAUGGCUUUGAGGAAGUGCAGCGCAUGGAGGCGCCAUCCAACAUCGACGGUGGUCGAUCAGCAUACAGCUCCGGAGUCAUUAAUUCUGACCAUCCUAUACCCCAAUUCUUUCAGGCAACAUCACUAUGGUUCUUCAAUGGCCCAUUUGGUGAUGGGCAGCACCCAAUGGAGUCCUCAUGUCAUUCGAACGAUAUAGCCUACCAGACAAUGAGCCCCUCGGAGCAAAAUAAUCCUGUCGCAUUGCCUGGAGAUCCACCCAUUUUUGAACGAAGUCUGGAAUCAGAGCGGCCAUUCGCGGCAGCGUUAGUUCAAUCAAUAUUAGCAAGAAUCCGACAGGUCCUAGAACCCAAAGCGCAGGAGGAAGUAUCUGCGCACCUGCACUUUCUAUUGACAACUGCGCGUAUAAGAAAAUUCAUCACGCUCUAUUUCAAGUAUUGGCAACCCAGUUGUGCAAUGCUUGAAAACUCGUUUGAUCCGGAGACAAUUCCUCCAUCCUUGCUUGCGGCGGUAAGCUUUAUGGGUGCAAUUUACAGUACCGACACAAGGGAAGCAGAGCUGGCUAAGAGAGUCUUAGAUUUUGCAGAGUUGUUCGUCUUUUCAAAUGAGGUAUUCUUGGCAGAAAGUGAGAUGUGCAUUGUCUUCUCUGGUGAUCCGUGCCGCGAUGAAGAACCCACGGAUUGGGCCAGGUUCCAGAACUUGCAGGCCGGGUUCAUCAUGGUCAUCGUCCAGUACUGGUCAGGGAACCACAUAGCUCGCAACCGCGCAAUAGAAAAUCGGUUUGGUGAGAUUGUGAAAGUUGCACGGCGAAUGGAACUUGUCAAAGCCCGCCACCUUCCCAACGAUGGGCAAAUUGAGGAGUUGUGGAUUCAAAAAGAGUGUCGGAUCAGGACUAUGUCUAUCAUUUCCCUCCUUGACUGCGCGUUCUUUUUCUAUCAAAACUACCCCUGUCGCCUCACAUUAACGGAAAUGGAAUGCGAUCUUCCCUGCGAUGAAUCUCUUUUCUUCUCCGAACACCCAUUUUCGGAGCCAAACUUCCGCUUUUCACGGGAUCUCCAAAUUUCAGAGGCUUUUGAAAAUUUGUUUGCAGAAGCACCCGAGUCUGAUACCAUGGACCUCACGACCUUAGACAUGUUUAUCUUGAUACACAUUCUUUAUUCAUUUAUUAAUACGCACAUGACACUUCUCGGUCCGUUCAUACGCAAGGGUCAUAUUAGACAACCCAGUCAGACCUCCCAAGAUAGGUCAAAAAACGCCGCUCAACUUCCCGAAGAUUCCAUUCUCAUUGCCAUCCGCAUUGCCCUGUCUCGCUGGCGAGAUUACUGGAUUGCAAUGCGCAAUCGAGUAUCAAACGCCGAGUGGGCUUCGAUGGGAUUCUACAAAAAUGCUUAUAAUUUUUGGCUGGUUUCUCAACUGCUCAUCACCAACAAGGAUGCCGUUGAUGUGGUGAUGCAAAUGGAAGUGAACUGCGAAGAUAAGUUGGAGAAGCUCAAAGUGUUGCUCCUCGACGACCAGGAAGACUUGUAA